GUAAAAGACUUGCCAAACUCCUGUGCAGCGCUGAUUGCAUAUUAUCGGACGAGGCAGCCCAUGACAGCCCAUCCUGCAACUAAGGAAGGGAACUAGUUGUACACAGGGUUAGUUCUUAAAAUAACUGACGUGUGCCACCGCCCCUUCCACUGAAAACUCGAAAUGCCGCUUCUUCUCGACGACGGUGACCCGAAAGCCCAGACGGGCUUUGACCUUUCCACUGCAACGACACUCUUUUGGAGACCAGUGCCAGUGCACGUGAAGCAGCAGGACCGCGAGGACGUCCUGGAGGAGCUGACUUUCCGCAUUUUGACCGGCGUGGCAAAGCAAAACCACAACCUUCGGAUACUACGCAUCCACAUUUCCAGCGACAGUGACCUGUUCUUCUUGCAUACCCUGGAAGUCAGUGAGGAGGACUUCCAGAGCCUUAAAAAUGACCAGGGCAUCCUCGUGGACUUUGCCAGCUUCCCCGGCAAAAUUAUCAGCCUGCUGGAGAAGUGCAUUCUGGCGCAGCCCGGGGAUUCGCCUAGGUUCCAGGCCGUGCUGACGAUACGAGGCGGUGAGUCCGUGUUCAAGAUUGUGGAGAUCAAUGACUUCAAGCAGCUGCCGCACAUUACGCUCGCCUUCCGGCCCGGCAACGACUCAGUGGUGAAGCAGUUCCUGGCCUUCCGGCUUUCUGAAGUCAAGGGCACCUGCCACGAUCUGUCGGACGACCUGUCGCGCACGCGGGAUGACCGGGACAGCAUGGUGGCGCAGCUGGCGCAGUGCCGGCAGCAGCUGGCGCAGCUGCGUGAGCAGUACGACAAGCACCUGCUGGAGGUCCAGGCCCAGGCGAAGACGCAGCAGGCCUCAGCGCACGAGGAGCGGAUACGGGAGAAAUCGCAGCUGAAGGACCAGUUCGAGAAGGAGCGCGGUGAGAUGGAGGGGCGGUAUCGGGACCAGAUCGCUGCGCUAAACACGCGGCUUGGUGAGCUGGACACGGAGAACCGGAAGCUGCGUGAGGUCAAGUACGAGCUGGACACCAAGGUGUCGGAGCUCAGUCACAAGCUGGGUAGCUCGGAGGGCAGCAACCGCUCGCUGGAGGAGGAGACGGCGCGGCUACGGUCAUUGAACCAGCAGCUGUCGUCCUCCAAGCACGAGCUAGAGAUCCAGCUGAACGAGGCCAAGGCCAAGGUGUUGGCGCUGGAUGAGAAGGCCCAGUCGCAGGGCGACGUGAUUGAGCAGCAGCGUGGACGCUUGCGUGACAUGGAGGCAGCCCUGCGGCAGACGGAGCAGCGGUGCGCAGAUCUGCGCGAUACGUUGGCUUCUGCUGAGGGCCGCGCCAAGGAGGCACAGGCAGAGGUGCUCAAGGGCAACCAGGCCAUCGAGAAGCUCACGAACGACCUGCGGCUAGCGAAGGAGAAGACGAAGCGGAAGGCAGCCAUCAUCUUGCGCCAAGAGGAGGAGCUACAGGAGCGGGAGCAGUCUCUGGCCAAUGCGACGCGCGACGUGGGUGUGCUGGGUCAGCAGGCGGAGUCGCUGCGCAAGGACGUCGCGUCGCUGCAUAGCGAGAACGACUCGUUACGCAGCAAGCUGGAGGACAGCAAACAACAGCUGCAGAGCAAUGAGCAGAUGAUUCGGUGGCUCAACCAGCAGGUCACGGAGGCGCAGCUGCACGCGUCAGGCGCGACCGUGGCGGGCUCACGGUACGCGUUCCGGCCAUCCGCCGCACUGCCGGGCAGCAUGCCGCCGCCGUCAGUCGCCGCCACGCCGGCCGUUGGCCUGCUGGCGGCGCCGGGGCCGUCCACGGCCUACAAGCCCGGGGGCACCACCAGUCGAUAUGCCAGCACGUUAGGCGUCACGGGCCUCUCGUCGGGCCUCAGUGGUGCCGGUGCCACAUCUGUUGGAGCAGCAGUGGCUGGCGGGAGCUACGGAGCUGGCGGUGACAGUAGCUACCGGCCGGGCGUCGGUGGCGCUUAUGCAUCCAGCGGCGGCGCUGGCGGCUUCGGCGGAAGCGUUGGCGGCGGUGGCCAGGUUGGCGGCAGUGGCUCAGCUAUAGGCGCGGCGACUGGUGCUGGCAGCGCUUUGGGCACAUACCGCAGCAGUUACGCAGCUAGCACGCACCCUUCACCAGGCGGCGUCACUGCGGGCAUGGGCUCCACGCUCACAACGCCUGCGGUGAACCGGUAUGCUGCAGGGUCAUAUAGCAGCGUGUCCUCGUCGCUCUCGUUCGGUGGUGGGCUGGGCGCAGCAAGAGCUGUGGACGCCACGCCCGCUGCGAGCAAGUACGGAGUGGGAUUCAGCAACGCGGCCAUGGGCGUUGUGGGGACAGUUGGUGGGGCUGGCGGGACAGACGCACAACGAGCAUGAGUACGCGCUUGAUGCCGAGUUGCAAUCAAGCGGCGAGGCGGUAGGAGAAGGAAAGGGUUCGCAAUUAUGGAUGUUAUGUGACCAUUAGUUGGUAUGUGGCGCAAUAAGUUGUGUGCAACGCGACACGGGACUUCACUAACAAGGACGGUGGAUUUGUGCCCUGCUGGGACAUGGUCUCAUGAGUAGUAGAUGCCACCAGCAGGUCGAGCCAAUCAUGUAACUCGUGCAAACCCUGCCUUCAACCUAAGAGAAUGCACGGGAUCGGCUUCGCCAGUGAAGUGGAGGCCACUUGCUGCAUGGAGCGUAAAAAAAGCUUGUGAAGUACGGCGGAGGAAGCAGAAGCUAACCCUGUUCUGGGGGUGGGGAAAGGUGUGAGUGGUUGGCCGAACUUCACGGCAACUGUGUGCCAACUGCCAAGUGUAGGAUUUUGCGGCGGCGUGUUUCAGUGAAGACUGCUUGCAACUCUAUGGACCAGCCGCAAUUGGGCCAUGAGGUGCGCUGGCCGCCUUGGUCUUGUGGGGGCCGCACAUGGUGCGUGCCCGUGUCAGUAGCAGGUUCGCUCACAGUCACCUGAGUUGUACCCAAGUACUCAACAGUUGAUGUCCAUGAGUUUGAGCUCGGGCACCAACGAGCUCGUGCUUUGGGGCAGUCUCAGAAUGGAUGCGGUCCAAUGCGACUGUGAAGUUCCAGCAGACCGAUUGGACGUUGCAAAUAAAUACA